AUGUCCAUCCUCAUAACCGGUUUCGAGCCCUUCGGGGGCGACUCGGAGAACCCUUCGCGCCUUUCGGCUCGCGCCGCCGUAGCGCUCCUCAAAGCCGAUGGCCACGAUGCCCACUUCCUCGAGGUACCCUGCGUCUUCGCGACAGCGUUCCCAACAGUAGAAGCCGAGGCCAAACGUGUUGGUGCCGAGAUAGUCAUCGCGGCGGGCCUAGCGGCGGGGCGCAGGGUCAUCUCGCUCGAAUCUACCGCCAAGAACAUCAUCGACGCUCGUAUCCCUGACAAUGCAGGCGGGCAGCCACGCGACGUCCCCGUCGUUCCCGGCGGACCCAAGACGCUCCCAACGCGCCUGCCAAUCGCACGCGCUGCCGAGGCUAUCAAAGCCUUUGAGCCGGCAGACGAGCCGGACUUCAAACCUAUCCCCGUAGCGAUCAGCGACGACGCAGGUGAGUACGUGUGCAACACGCUCAUGUACGCUUCCCUUGCCGGCUUGCCUGAGGAUCUGUCGGUGGGAUUCGUCCACGUCCCCCUCUUCCGUGCAGUCGGACUCGAGGAGCAGGCCAUCGCCCUCGCUAUCGUGGCGAAGGAGGCACUUGCAACCCGAAUCCGCACGCGCCUCGCCUCCAGCAAGUGCCGUGGAGCCUAG